AUGACUCAAAAGAGAAAUGCCAACUUUGAAAAGGACAAUGGAUCGUUGGAUUUCAGUUUCUGCCUAGAUAGCUGCCUCUUAAUCGGGCUAGACUGGAUGCAGUUUCGAUCUAUUUCAAACCCUGGAAGACUUCUUGAACGGGUAGAAUUGGGGACUCUUUGGUUGAAGAGGGCAGAAGUGGCUGGAUUGAUGAUCACUGGGUUGUAG